ACCUUUUUUUCAGGGUUCUAGUAAACCCCAACAGCCUGUUCAAUCACCACACCCAAGCCGUCAAAACAGCUUAACAGAAGUUCACUAUUGCUACAAUAAUGUGUCCUGAUGCAGUGAAUGAGUGAAAAGAAAAAUAAUGUCAUAAUGUAGUGAGUGACGAAAAGUAAAAUAAUGUCAUAAGAUAGUGAAUGGUGAAUGAGGUGGUGAAUGAGUGAAAGAUAAGAUGCUGUCAUAAGGUGGUGAAUGAGUGAAAGGUUAGAUGCUGUCAUAAGGUGGUGAAUGAGUGAAGGGUAAGAUGCUGUCAUAAGGUGGUGAAUGAGUGAAGGGUAGAAGAUGCUGACAUAAGGUGGUGAAUGAGUGAAGGGUAAGAUGCUGUCAUAAGGUGGUGAAUGAGUGAAGGGUAAGAUGCUGUCAUAAGGUGGUGGGUGUAUAAGUGUCUUUGCCUGUCAGGAGCUGUAUGUGUCCGGGGCGGAGCUCCGGUCUCUGUGUGACUACUACUUCGACGGUAAAGGGAAAGCCUUCCGGCCCAUGAUAGUGGUGCUGAUGGCUCGAGCCCUCAACAUCCACAGCAACAGCAAGGGCACUGACCUGCUGCCGGGCCAGCGUUCGGUGGCCAUGAUCUCGGAGAUGAUCCACACGGCCAGCCUGGUGCACGACGAUGUCAUCGACGGGUCGGACCAGCGGCGUGGGAAGAGCACCAUCAACGACAUGUGGGGCGAGCGCAAGGCCAUCCUGGCGGGAGACUUCAUCCUAUCGGCGGCCUCCAUGGCGCUGGCUCGCAUCGGGAACACGACGGUGGUGUCGGUGCUGUCGCAGGUCAUAGAGGACCUGGUGAGAGGGGAGUUCAUGCAGAUGGGCUCCAAGGAGAACGAGAACGAGCGCUUCAAGCACUACUUGGACAAGACCUUCAAGAAGACGGCCAGCCUCAUCGCCAACAGCUGUCGAGCAGUGUCCAUCCUGGUGAACUCUGACCCGGAAGUGCAUGAGAUAGCGUUCCAGUACGGCAAGAACGUGGGCAUUGCGUUCCAGCUGGUGGACGAUGUGUUGGACUUCACAGCAUGCGCCGCUCACCUGGGGAAGCCGUCGGCGGCCGACCUCAAGCUGGGCCUCGCCACGGGCCCGGUGCUCUUCGCCUGCCAACAGUUCCCUGAGCUCCACUCUAUGAUCAUGAGGCGCUUCUCCUCCCAGGGAGACGUGGAACGCGCCUGGCAGUACGUCCUCGAGAGCGACGGCGUGGAGCAGACUAGCUACCUGGCGAGGCACUACUGCGACGAGGCCGUCCGCCAGGUGAGCAGGCUCCGCCCCUCCCCGGAGCGUGACGCCCUCAUCAGGCUCACCGAGAUGGUGCUGACCCGGGACAAGUGACCCCGGGUGACCUCUGGUCCCCGGACGACCCCUCCCUGGCCCCGCCCCCUUCAGGCAGCUGCUGAUAGGACAACUCGACUCAAGCCAAGCCCCUGUUGGGGCCAGUGUUGUUCGCCGGACUCCUUGUCAUGGCGUCGGUGCUACUCUGAACUGGCCAAUCCCGGAGUGCCGCAGUGAUGACAUCAUGGCAGGGAGUGUCACAACUGCCAGGAAUUAACUGAAAGAAACGCAGAGCGGGGGUCCGUCGUUUAACUUUGCUGUCUUAACUGUCUACACCCAAACAAAU